GUAAAUGAAUUUUAAAAGUGAAUAAAUAAAAAGUGUCAUUUUUUAUUGAAUGUUUGAAGGAAUAUUUAGAUUUCUUUGAAUGUAAUCAUUAUUCGUUUAAGAAAAUUCAUAAUUUGUGCAUUAAAUUUGCAUAAUUUUAUGCAAAUAAUAUAAAAAUAUGGAGCAUGAAGAAGAUCCUUUAAAUACAUCUGACGAACUUGUUAAUCACAAAGGAUCACCAUCGGCUAGUCCUGCUGGCGAUUCUGCUCGAAAUUCUCGAUCAAGAUCACGCUCUGUUUCACCAAAACAACUAAAUGGCUCUCGAAAUAAUUCUGCAUCAUCAGCGGCACGAUCAAGAUCAUCAUCACAUGAAUCAAACAAAAGUAAUGGAUCGUUAAAACAGAAUGGUGUGUCAAGAUCACGAUCUCGUUCAAGAUCUGGAUCUGGUUCAAGAUCUCCAUCAGGAUCACGAAAAGCUGCAUCGAGAUCAAAUUCACGCACUUCGAAUAAAUCAGAUACGUCAAAGCGAUCUGGUUCGCCACGGUCACGUGCCGGUAGUCAUGUAUCACGAAAAUCAAGAUCGCGAUCAGGAUCCAGGGCAUCAAAUGUAUCGGCACGUUCAAGAUCAAGAUCCGGUUCAGCAGCAUCAAAUCGAUCGAGAUCUGGAUCUAGAACGUCUAAGCGAUCUGGUUCAAAUGCUUCGAAGCGUUCUCGAUCUGGUUCGAAUGCUUCAAAAAGAUCACGGUCAGGUUCGAAUGUUUCAAAACGUUCACGGUCAGGCUCAAGGCGAUCUAAAUCUGGUUCACGUUCAGGCUCUGCCCGUUCUAGAUCUGGUUCUAGACGAUCUAGAUCAGGCUCACGUCGUUCAAGGUCUGGAUCACGAAGAUCUGGAUCAGCUCGGUCCAGAUCAGGCUCUCAACGAUCGAGAUCACGUUCAGGUUCAAGACGUUCAAGAUCAGGUUCUCGUCGAUCAAGGUCUGGAUCUCGAAGAUCACGUUCAGGUUCUGUAGCAUCACGAGGAUCACGUUCAAGAUCAGGAUCAAGGAGGUCUAGAUCAGGUUCAAGGCGAUCCAGAUCGGGUUCAAGAGCAUCAAAACGAUCUAGAUCUGGUUCAAGACGAUCCAGAUCAGGUUCAAGAGCAUCAAAACGAUCUAGAUCUGGUUCAAGACGAUCCAGAUCGGGUUCAAGAGCAUCAAAACGAUCUAGAUCUGGUUCAAGGCGUUCUGCAUCAGGUUCAAGAAAAUCACGGUCACGCUCUGGUUCAAGAAAAUCAAGAUCAGGUUCAAGAAAAUCACGGUCACGUUCUGGUUCAAGAAAAUCACGAUCUCGAUCUGGUUCAAGAAAAUCACGAUCAAGGUCUGGUUCAAGAAAAUCACGAUCACGAUCAGGUUCAAGAAAAUCACGAUCGCGAUCAGGUUCAAGAAAAUCAAGAUCACGAUCUGGUUCAAGAAAAUCAAGAUCACGUUCAAGAUCUAAAUCAAAAUCGCGUGCUUCAAAUCGUUCAAAAUCACGUUCUAGAUCUAGAUCCGGAUCUAGGUCAGAUGUUGGUGUAUCACGUGGUCGCAAACGAAUACUUUCAGAUUCAGAAGGCGAAGAAGAUCAACCAAAGAAACAAACGACAGCUGCGUCUGGAUCCGAUAAUGAAGCGGACGAAGGAGGGACACCAGCUGAAAAAUUGGAUGAUGUACCUGAAGAAGGUGCCGCGGCAGCUGCUAGUGGAGUGUUGCCAGAUGUAUCAGAUGAUUCUGAUGACGGUGUUCGAAAUGACGAUAGAGAAGGCAAUGAUGGCGUAUCCGAUUUUGAUAAAAUGUUGGCAAAGAAACGUUCAGAGCAAACGCGACGUCGUAAACGAAAAGACAUUGAUAUUAUCAACGAUAACGAUGAUAUUAUUGCACAAUUAUUACAAGAUAUGCGGACAGCGGCUGAAGAGGAUCGAAAAUUAAAUCAACAGAUGCAACCGGCUACGAAAAAAAUAGCAAUGUUACCAAAAGUUAUGUCACAAUUAAAGAAACAUGAUUUACAAUUGGCAUUCAUUGAGCACAAUGUGUUAAGUGUUCUUACCGAUUGGUUAGCACCGAUGCCUGAUCGAUCGAUGCCAUCGUUAUUGAUACGUGAAAAUAUAUUAAAAUUAUUAUUACAGUUUCCAAGAGUUGAUCAAUCAACAUUAAAACAUUCCGGUAUUGGUAAAGCUGUUAUGUACUUAUAUAAACAUCCGCGAGAAACAAAGGAGAAUCGUGAACGGGCUGGACGAUUAAUUAAUGAAUGGGCACGUCCUAUAUUUAAUUUAUCCGCUGAUUUUAAAGCAUUAAGUCGUGAAGAACGAUUACAACGUGAUAUUGAACAAAUGCCAAAACGGCGUCGUAAUGACGAAGGAUCAUCAAGUGAACCAACAAAAAAAGAAUUAGCAAAAGCGUUCGGUACACAAGAGGAUAAAGCAUUACGACCUGGUGAUAAAGGAUGGAUUGGCAGAGCUAGAGUACCGAUGCCAUCGAAUAAAGAGUAUGUGGUACGACCUAAAUGGGUUGUAGAAACUGAUAUUAGUCGAACGAGUAAAAAACAAUUAAAUAGAUUUGAAAAACAUAUGAAGAAUUUUAUAGAUAAUAAACGAGCGAAACAAUCAAAGCGAGCUGUAGAAAUAUCAAUUGAAGGACGAAAUAUGGCGCUUUAAACAUACAAAAUGUUUUUAUUUUUUAUUUUUUUGGAAGACAGACAAUUGUCACAUAAAUUGUUGUACAUAUUAUUUUUAAAGAAAUAAUGGAGAUAUAAGCGGGGAGCCCGUCACAGUAAAACUGCACUUACAACA